CUCCAAAUCGGAGCUCUAACAUCGCCGCCAUGGCUUCUUUCCGUGGUGAACCUCGACGCUCUUUCUUUCUACUCGCCUCUCUGACCUUUCUGAAUCUCUCUCCUAUACCACCAAAAGUGUCUUGAAUACCCAUCUCUGCUGUUAACGUUUUAUUACCUACACCAUGGCGUUCGUCCAGAAGGGCAUCAAGAACAUCCUCCAAAAGAACCCUAACGAUGUGGUCAUUCUCUCAGCACUGCGAACCCCGGUAACAAGGGCGAAGAAGGGAGGACUGCGCGAUGCAUACGACCAUGAGAUGCUAGGUGCCGUCCUCAAAGCUACAGUCCAGAAGUUCCCGAACCUCGAUCCCGCAAAGAUAGACGACAUCUGCGUCGGCACAGUCCUCGCUGAGCUCGGUGGCUCAAAAGCUGGCCGCAUGGCCGCCAACCACGUCGGCAUCCCCACAACCACAUCCUUCAGCACCGUAAACCGCGCCUGUGCCUCCGGUCUCUCCGCCAUAACCUCAAUCGCAAACUCCAUCGCCGUCGGGCAAAUCGACGUCGGCAUUGCAGGUGGCAUGGAGAGCAUGACACGCAACUACGGCACGCGAGCAAUUCCCGUCGAGCUCUGGCCCGAAAUGAAGGACAGCCCGGUGAAAGAGGCUCGCGAUUGCAUAAUGAACAUGGGCAUCACGUCCGAGAACGUCGCUUCCCGUUACAACGUCUCGCGCGCCGACCAGGACGCUUUCGCCGCUGAGUCGCAACGCCGCGCCGCCAAGGCACAGUCCUCGGGCGUCUUCGAUGAGGAGAUUGUACCAGUUACGACAAGAUGGAUCGAGCCCGAGACGCCCGAGAACGUCAAGGAGGUCACCGUUACGAAGGACGAUGGGAUCCGCGCAAACACCACCGUUGAGAAGCUUGCGAGCAUGAAACCAGCGUUCAAGAGCGACGGAACUAGCACCGCAGGAAACUCCUCGCAGGUCUCCGACGGCGCGAGCGCAGCGCUCAUGAUGCGCCGCUCCGUCGCCGCCUCGCUGGGCCUCACAGACCACAUCAUCGGCAAGUGGGCGGGGACGCAGGUCAUCGGGUGCCAGCCGGAUGAGAUGGGUAUUGGGCCCGCUUUGGCGAUCCCGAAGUUGCUCGAUUAUGUAGAGGUUAAGAAGGAGGAGGUGGAUAUCUGGGAGAUUAAUGAGGCGUUUGCGAGCCAGGCGCUGCACUGCAUCAGGACACUGGGAUUGGAGAAUAGCAUGGACAAGAUCAACCCGAAUGGUGGUGCAAUUGCGUUGGGUCACCCGCUGGGAGCUACGUCAGGACGAAUGUUGGCGACGAUGUUGAGCGAGAUGGGACGGAAUGGUCAGCAGGUUGGUGUUAUCAGCAAGUGCAUCGGCACUGGUAUGGGUAUGGCCAGUUUGUUCGUAAGGGAGUAAACCCGAGAAAAGGCAAAAGCAAAAGUAGCACUGUGCAAUAUACCAGACAUUCAAUUUCCC